GGCGGCGCUGCCGUUGGUGUCGCGGGUGAAGACGGAGCAGGGCGAGCCCGACGGCGUGCAGUGCACCAUCGUGGUCAAGCGGCUGUGGGACGGCGGCUCCAAGGACGGCGGCGGCGGCGGCGGCAACGGCAGCAGGAAGAUGGCCAAGUUCUCGGCGCCCAAAAGCGGGAGGCAGCCCCAAGCGCCGCCGGCGUCGGGACCGGCACCCGGUACCGCCGACCAGACCAGUCCCGGCGGCACCUCCAGCGCCUACACCAGCGACAGCCCCGGCUCCUUCCACAACGAGGAGGAUGAGGAGGAGGACGGGGGCGAGGAAGGCUCCGACGAGCAGUACCGCCAGAUCUGCAACAUGUACGCCAUGUACAGCAUGAUGAACGUGGGGCAGACAGCAUCCGAGAAGGUGGAGGCGCUGCCGGACCAGCCCCCCGCGGAGUCGCGCAGCCGCGUGCGGGUGCGGCAGGACCUGGCCUCGCUGCCGGCCGAGCUCAUCAACCAGAUCGGGAACCGCUGCCACCCCAAGCUGUACGACGAGGGGGACCCGGCCGAGAAGCUGGAGCUGGUCAUCGGUACCGGGGGGCACGGGGACCGGAGGGGGUGUGGGAUGCGUUGGGAUGGGAUGUGGGUCAGAGUGGGUUGGGGAGGGGGACAUGGGGCGGGGGUCAGAAGGUGGAGGAGGGGACACGGGGAUGUGGGGGCAGGAGGUGCCUGAGGGGACAUGGGGAUGGCGACCCGGCCGAGAAGCUGGAGCUUGUCACCGGUACCCAGGGACAUGGGGACGUGGGGUGUGGGGACAUGGGGACAGGGGAUGUGGGUCAGGAGGGAGGUCAUGGGAGGGGGACAUGGGACAUGAGGAUCUGGGUCAGAACAGGACAUGGGGACGUGGGGACGUGGAUCAGAACAGGGCAGGGGGACACGGGAUACAGGUCAUAAGAGGACAAAGAGACAUGGGGCAUGAGGACAUAGGUCAGAACGGGACAGAGGGAUGUGGGAGCAUGGGGACAUGGGUCAGAACAGGAUGGGGGGGAUGUGAGAUAUGGGUCAGAAGAGGACAAGGGGACACGGGACAUGGGGACGUGGGUCAGAACAGGAUGGGGAUGCAAUAU